CCCAAAAUCAACACAUUAAAAAAAAAAACAAAAAAGAAAAAAGAAAAAAGAAAUUCCCAUUGCCAUAAAAAUCAUAAACAAAUGCAUCCAUCGCCAAUACUAACCAUAAUAAAAAGCUGUAAGUAAAGAAGAAAACAAGAUCCACCUCGAACCCCCCUCCACCCCAGCUAUUCAUUGUGUUCAUCUAUCCAAAAAUCAGGCGCUUUCUGAAAGGGAGAUUGAGGAUAAAUGAUACCCAUCUCUAAAGAUUUCAUCUUUUCUCAGAUUCUCUCAUUUCCCUGCACUUCUUUCCAGUGUUUGCCCCCUCCCGAGAGAGUUUGAGAGCUUUGCCGGCUAAAAAGUUGGAAUCUUGAAAUUCCGGCGGGAUUUUGCGGCGGCGGAGAUAGUGGGGGAACCACGGCGGAGGAGAAAUGAGGGAGGAGGAUUCCAAUUGUUUCGCGAAAUGGGACGAGGAGCUUCCCCCUCCGGAUGAGCUUAUGCCCUUAUCUCAAACCCUAAUUUCUCCUGAUCUAGCCAUGGCGUUUGAUAUCCAGAACCCUCCCAGCCCUCACCACGCGCCGCUACAGCCGCCGUUGAUGGCGGUUCAGACGCCGCCGCCGCCGUCCUCCUCCCAGCCCAAUUCCUCCGCCGAAUUUGACUCGGCGGACAUCGCCGGCGCCGCCUCCGGCGGCGCCGGCGCCGACGAGCCCGCCCGCACCCUGAAGCGGCCCCGCCUCGUGUGGACCCCACAGCUGCACAAGAGAUUCGUGGACGCGGUGGCGCACCUGGGGAUCAAGAACGCCGUGCCCAAGACCAUAAUGCAGCUGAUGAGCGUGGACGGGCUCACGCGCGAGAACGUGGCGAGCCACCUGCAGAAAUACAGGCUCUAUCUGAAGCGUAUGCAAGGUCUCUCUAAUGGAGGAGGGGCCGGAGGAGGUGGAGCAGGAAAUAACUCCGGGUCAGGGGUGGACCCCGCAACAGACCAUUUAUUCGCCAGCUCACCGGUGCCACCACAUUUCUUGCACCCUGUCAGGUCAAACUCCGACCAUUUCCUCCCAUUUGUGCCGGUGGCGGCGGCAAUGCAACACCACCACCAGAUGGUGGGGCACCACCCUCAGCUCCAGCAACAAUACCGGCAUUUCGGGUCGCCCCCGAACGGGGGGCAAUUCGAGCAUACAUUCCUAUCCAGGCAAUCCCAGGUUCAGAGGAUAGGGGCACCAGUACAUAAUAGUAAUAAUAACAAUAAUAAUGCCACUUCUUUGGUGCCAUCAUAUGUGGAAGAUGUGGAAUCAGCUAAUGGGAGAAAGGUGCUUACUCUGUUCCCCACCGGGGGCGAUUGAAAUUCGAUUGCCCCUCGAUGGUUGUUAUUGAAUGUCAAAACUUAUGCAAUUUCGCUCCCAUUGAAUGUCAAAACUUAUGCAGGAUGGAAUAACAUUUUAGCAGGAUUUUAGAUUCUUUAGUUCUUAUGGUGGUGGUGGUGGUGGUGGUGUAACAGCCCUUAAGUACUACUCUAGCUGGUUUCGGAAUUGUGAAUUCCGGCCUCCCUGAUCGAAUCGAAUUCAUUGUUGCUUCUUGUUCUGUGUUUUUUUGCUAGGAUCUAGUGCAUAUUUGUGGGUACUAAAUUUGGGAAACUUAGUUUUUUUUUUUUUUUUGAAAAAAUCUACAAGUGUAAUUAUGUUCUGGCCACUCUUGUGCUUUCUGUGUCAGCUUCUUUUUUAUCUGUUGGCUACUAGUAAUUUUGGCCUUGAUGUCACAUGCAAUAAUGUCCUAAUCAGCCCCACUCAUAAUGUUGUCUAGUUUAUGGAUCAAUGUGGUUCCUUUGAACCUUUUUUUUGUGCCUUGUUUCUAGUUUAUGGAAGCACAAGUGUUUGACUAUACUCGAAAUCUCGAGUAUUUCCUUUGUGGGGUGUGUUAUGAUCCUCGUAGAGACAGACAUUGGUUGCGGUAGCAACAAUGCCAAAACGUGGACUAUACGAACAAUUGAUGGUUCACUGCAGUGUGGAGGGCUAAGAAUAUAAGCGGGGAGAGCAAAGAUGCGACGACAGAGUUCCUUGGCUAUUUUCAGGAAUCUCCUGCGUAGGAACUUUGUGGAUUCUCUCGGGAUUCUUAGUUUCGUCGUCUUGUAGAUGGCUUGUAAAUUGUGUGGUUUCAUAGAGGACAGAAGUGUUUAUUGGAGAAUCUUUGAGGAAGAGGAAGAGCAAUAAUAACUGCAGAAUGUUAGUAUGGUUUAAUGUCUUAGAAUGAUGUAUAAUUUCUGGCUGUUCUUUUUGCUCCCUAUGAGUGAUCAUCUUAAUUCUCCUCCAUAUACUUGGUAUAAUCAUAAAGUUUACUGAACUGUCAUCUGCAAAUCUAUGUUGUGUUCAUCUUCUUGUUGCUUAAUCAAGUUUUGUUGAAUA